AUGAAUACCAUUCAGUUUCAUCUCUUGAUGUUGAUGACAAUGCAAAGCAUUGUUAUCGUCCUCUCCUCUUGUCCAACUGGCUGGGUGAAAUGGCGUCAGUCUUGCUACAUCUUACUGCCUGAGAAGAUGAACUGGAUGCAAGCCGAGGCGGCAUGCAAGCGACCAGGGAGCAACCUCAUAGUGCCUGAUUCGAAAGAAGAAAACGAGUUCAUCUUCGAGUGGGCAGUGAAAGGGAAUGAGGGUAUGUGGAUCGGCUGCACAGAUGCUGCUCAAGAAGGAGUUUGGCUGUGUGGAGGUCAGCCCGCAAGACUCACCAACUGGUAUCCAAACCAUCCACACAGCGACGCAGGUUUGCACUGUGCCCGAAUGACUAUAUACUAUGGUGGGCGUUGGUCUUAUAGCUUAACAUGCAAGAAUGAUAAACUUGCUGCAUGUGAGAUGCCGGUCUCUAUCGUGCCAAUCUACCACACCCUGCUAGGUCCCGAUGGGCGUGUCUCUCAAUAUUGCCCCCUCAAUCACGUCAUCGACAACCUGGCCGUAGAGGGUGUGAUUGAUUGUGACUGGGCGUGUACAUCAGAUCCUCGAUGCCGCUCCUUUAAUGUUUGGCAGAGCCGCAAGAAAGAGAAGAAAUGUCAACUCAACGAUGUUACCCGUCUUGAGGACGAUGACAAUGACUCCAACGAUACCGAGGGUUGUGUCUACUUUGAACUUUGA